GGGAGGAGGGGUUUCAUCACCACCGUCACUUGUUUUCUUUGCCGGAAAUCUCUGAAAAGUGUUGUAAAUUGUGAAAAUCUAAUAACGUGAUAUAACAGUUCUGAGCCCUUGGUGAAAAUGUGAAUGUUUCCCAAGAGACACCCAAUUUCGAAGGGGGAGCGUGGUUUCCUUUUUCCAGCGAGACCUGCAUCCGAGGCUCUGAAAUCAUUUGGGGUCCCGACAUGCAAUAUGAGGGUUCUUGCAGGAAAGCAUGGUUGGUCGCCUCGUUUUCUUCGAAAGUCUGCAUUCUUUGCCCGGUUUCCCUCAGCCAAGCCAAGGCAAUGAAGUUGUAGUCCAAUUUAUGGGAAACAGCAAAUACCACGAUGUUGCCCAAGUCAAUCGAGAGGAGUUGCGCAAGGCCACUGCCAACGCUGACAACACUCAAGUCCACAAUGCCACUUCAAAGUUUCAGAUUUGCUCAGUCCUCGUCGAGUCCUCAUUCGAAACACCGCAAGAGCCCCUUGUUAUAAGCACACAUCAACUACAUCUUGAUCAAGAACUCAAUCUCUCUUCUCCUGAAAAAGAGCAAAUGGCAAUUUAUCAAGCAAUCAAAGGCAUAAGCGACGGAGACGGUAGACAUGUCAUUAUCCUCACCACUCUUCCGAACAUAGAUUGGUGGGCCGUAUCACUAGUCGAAUGCGUGAACAGGGCUCGAGAGUGUAUUAGAACAGAAGUCGAAGAAGGAAGAAUCACACUCAAAAUACGAUAUGAGGAUAAAGUGGAGGUGACGAGUAAAGGGAUUUUUGAGGAAUUUACUUGUAGAGAAUGUUGGGAUUUGAGAGAGGACGAAGUGAAGGAUAAAGUGAAUGGAGGCGACAAGAUAGAGGAGAGAGACAAGAUAUGGGAAUACUUGGAACCAGACUGCCCUGAAAAGAAGGAGGCGACGAUGAGCAAGUCGCGCCACACUCCCCCAAAGCACACCAAGAUAAACGACGAAGAGCGCCAACUCUCCGACCAAUACUGCUCUUUUCCUCAUCGUCCACGAUUUUGUCUUAUCCCCAUCCUCGAAAUGCAGCUCCUCAACCUCUUCCGCCUCCUCCUCAUCCUCCUCAUCCUCCUCAUCCCCGCCUACCUCAUCUGUCAUGACGAAUUUUGAGCGAUGUUUACAUUGGAUCGAGGACACGGUCUAAUGAUCCAUAUUCGGAAGAGUGGUGAGGAUAAUGUCGUUCGUACCAUGACGAAGCGAGAGAUAAAGGGAAGGAUUGAAGUGUGAUAGAUGGAAUGGAUUUGGGUUUCGAUAACAUGAUUCAAAAGAAAACUCCGC